AUGACAGACCAGGCUUUUGUGACUCUUGCCACUAAUGAUGUUUAUUGCCAUGGAGCUCUGGUUCUUGGACAAUCCUUGAGGAACCACAGAACAUCUAGAAGACUGGCAAUACUAAUUACACCUCAAGUCUCCAGGGCAAUGAGGGCUGCCCUCAGGACCAUCUUUGACUCUGUGGUUGAUGUUAAAGAAAUUGACAGCAAUGACUUGGUGCACUUGACUUUGCUGAAGAGGCUGGAACUGGGUGUAACCUUUACCAAACUGCAUUGCUGGACUCUUACUCAGUAUAGCAAAUGUGUCUUCAUGGAUGCAGACACAUUGGUGCUUUGCAAUGUUGAUGAACUCUUUGAGCGGGAAGAAUUCUCAGCAGCUCCAGAUUCCGGUUGGCCAGACUGCUUUAACAGUGGUGUCUUUGUCUUCCAACCUUCUUUGAAAACCUUCAAACAUCUCCUUCAGUUUGCCAAUGAACACGGUAGCUUUGAUGGAGGCGAUCAGGGAUUGUUAAACAGUUUUUUCAGCAGCUGGGCUACCAAAGACAUUAAUAAACACUUGCCAUUUAUCUAUAAUCUAAGCAGCAGCACUGUCUAUACAUAUGCCCCUGCUUUCCAUCAUUUUGGUAAAGAUACGAAGGUGAUUCAUUUUUUGGGACCAGCGAAGCCCUGGAACUACAAGUACAAUCCCCAGACAAGAACAGUUACACAGAAUGAUUCAACUUCUGUGUCUGAAAAUCAGCUGCCAUUCCUGGAACUUUGGUGGAUAACAUACAGGUCCAGUAUAUUACCAUUACUGGAAAAAUUGCAAGAGCCUCCAAUCCAGCAAGAGGAGCCUGACAUGAACAAUGAUGAGCAGACACCUGAAAGAGAAAAUCCUCUUAUUAACAAUUCUUUGCCAGCCUCAGAAAAUGCAGAAUAUAUUUCAGAAUCUGGUGUAAAUUCACCCUGUGAGUUAUCUGCCAAAAAUAAUAUUGCUGUAAAGAAAGCUGAGUGCAGCCUUGAAGGUGAUAUUGCUGAUCCAAGCAAGUCCUUCACUGAGUUCCCUGUUCAGCCUGUUCCUCAGCAGGCUAAGAAUGAGUUUGCCAGCUCUGUUGCAGAGGUUGCUGUUCAGCCAGAGCCAAAGGAGUCAAGUGCAGAAGAUGAACGAAGAAAAUGGGAGGAAGGCCAUAUUGAUUAUCUGGGGAAGGAUGCUUUUGAAAACAUUAGGAAGAAGUUAGAUGCCUUUUUAUUAUAG